GCUUCCUUCGCGCGCGAUUGCCGUGCGCAUAUGAAAUAGUGUAUGUAUGUGUGCGCUCAACUGAUUGCCGAGAUAGUUGUCUCGCGACUGUGUCGUCGUCCUGUUGUUCUCUGAUUCGGGAGACCGUACGCUGGCCUAAAUGAUGAGUACUACUGCGUCAGUAACGGACUAUCUUGGACUGCGAGAAGCUCUAUUUUGUGCUUUAUUAUGUGCCACGGUUAUAUACUUGAAGCAUCUUCGAAGGUACAAUGAUUAUUGGAAAAAGCAGAAUGUCGUGCACGAGGAGUUUGACCUUUCCUGGGCUCCAAUUUCCAAGAUGCUUGCAAAGCCUAUACAUGAGAUUGAUAUGGACAGGCACAGGAAACAUGGAAAUAUUUUUGGUGCAUUUGAAGGACUUCAUCCCACGCUAUUUUUGUCAGAUCCUGAUUUAAUAAAGCUUGUGCUUGUCAAGCAUUUCGAUGACUUUCCUGAUCGCAGGACUGUCACACUAAACGAUCCCAUCUUGGACAACAUGAUGACUGUAGUUUGCGCAAAAUGUUGGAGGAAGAUUUGCCCGGCUUCAAGUCCUGCCUUCACUGCUGGCAAGCUUCGAAAGAUGAGCGCCAUAAUUCAUGACUGUGCCCAAGUUACGUCAGAACACCUGGUGGGACUGGCCAAAGAAGGAAGAGACUUGCACCCUAAAGAAUUCUUUGGCCACUACGCCCUCGACGUCAUCACAAGAUGUGUCCUGAGGGCACGGCUGGGAUCUCACACCCCAGAGGCAGAUGAGUUUGUUGCCAAGUCACAGGCAGCAUUUGCUGUGAAACCUAUGCCAGCUCUCGUAUUUUUCUUUUACAUCUGGACAUUGUUUCCAUUCAUGACAACGCUGCUCAGGCUGCAAGUCUUCAUUCCUGAAACAUUCGUCUUCCUUAAAAAUUUUUGUGUAAGUGUGAUCGAGAAGAGGCAACUGUCAUCUGGGAAGCGUCAAGAUUUUCUGCAGAUGAUGGUCGAUGCCCAAGGUGUCAAAAUGCAAGUGCCAGCUGAGGACCCACUGGAUUCUGAAGAGAAGCUGUACAGCCCAGGCACAGUCCAAACUGUCGAGAACAGCACUAAAGGGCUCACGGAAGAGGAGGCACUGUCUCAAUGCAUCGCAUUCUUCAUCGCUGGCCUAGACACAAUCUCUUCAGUCCUGGCGUUCACAUCCUACCUCUUGGCCCUGCACCCUGAUGUUCAAAAGAAGCUGAGGGCAGAAGUGGAUCGCUGCUUCAAUGAAAACGGCGAAGUGCCAAGCCUUGAUGAUGUUUCCAAAUUGAAGUACCUCAACUGCGUCAUCUCGGAAAGCUUGAGGCUGUACCCGCCAGCUGUACGGGUUGAAAGAACAGCCUGCCGAGAUGUCACCCUCGGCAACUCUGGGAUCAAGCUCUGCAGAGGCUGUGCCGUGGUAAUCCCAGUCUACGCAAUGCAUCAUGAUCCUGAGUACUUUCCCGACCCUGAAAAGUUUGACCCUGAAAGAUUCAGUGACGAGAACGUAGGCUCCGUGCGACCCUAUUCCUACCUGCCGUUUGGUGCUGGCCCCAGGAACUGCAUCGGGAUGCGAUUUGCCCUGCAAGCCCUGAAGACAUGCCUGCUCCACGUUGUCCACACUGUGGAACUAGUGCAGACCGAGAACACCAAGGUGCCAUUAAAGAUGGUGACCACAUUUUCCUUGUUGACUGCCGAAGACAUUACCAUUGGUGUAAGGAACCGAAACAUGUGAACGUCUGGCUCCCUACAAACAGCUGCACUAAUGUUACACUAAUGCACUAAUAAAGCCACCAGCUUUAUU